CGACAUACCUGUUCUCACAAUGUAUCGCGGCAAGGCGCACUUCCUGCUGCUGCUUCUGACGUUUCUAUCUCUCACCUCCUUGACCCUAGCCUCCACACCGACCUCCUUUUGCAAAUGCACCUGCUUCUCCAAUAGCACCAUCAUCCCUCUUGAUCCAUCCAAGUCCAGCUCUGGGUCGGCCUCCAUCGACAAUGUCCUAAACCUCUACGAGCGUGCCUUCGAUAGCGUGGCGGAUCCAGCGGAAGGCGACCACGACAUCAGCCCACGAGCACAGAAGUAUCGCGCACUUAGCUGCAAUGACUGCAAUCGCAAGUUCUGCCUCAACUACGAGCUACCGACAUGCAAAGGGGCCAAGGAGGAGGAUGUGUUUACAACCUGCUUCCAGCGAGAUUCGCGUAAGGACGAAGCGGUGGUUUUCCUUUUCAUCUUCGCUACGGGCGGACUGCUAGCAUGGGCGCUCGCCAAGCCCUGGAUCGAGCGAUAUCUCGAAGCCGCACGAGAACGCCGAUCGUAUAUGCCCGUUUCGGAAAACGAUAGCUAAUGUACACAAGCGGGAGUUUUAUGAUUUAUUCAUCUAUUCCACAUGCGAUUGUAUAGCGUAGGCGAAAAAAGCAAAGAUGACGACAACGGAAAUUCCAAUGUAAAAUGGCGGACUUGGCCGAGAAGCUCACCAAUGAAAGGACCGCAUUGGCGCAUGGAAUGCCGGAUAAACGAGGCAAGUGCGAGUUCAGGGGGGUUGAGUGCAUAAACCACGUCUGGCACUUCUUGGACACCGGUUCGGAUCUAUUGGUUCUUAGCGCAGGAUCUUUCGAUAGAUUGACC